AUGUCUUCGGACAACAAUCAAAAGAAGGUCAGAAAAAAUGGAGUGGCUUGCACGAAAUGUGGCAGUGUGAUGGCGAACAAUGGAAUGCCAUCAUUGAUUAGUCAUGCUAAUAUCCAUUCGAAUUUCAAUAGAUAUGAAUGUGGAGCUUGCGGUUUCAGUCACAAAGUCGUUCUUAAUGUUCGCCUGCACAUUGACACUGAGCAUAAUGGAGAAAGCUUCAUCAAAUUUCGAGAUCGAUUGAAUGAAGUAGAACGUGUGGUAAUGAAGCAGCUUGCACACGAAUGUUUUCCUGCUCACAUAAACAGCCCAUACUCCUCGCAGAAGGACACUAUCGACACAAGCCCUUCGACUUCGAAUUCAAACUGCACCCAGCUGUCAACCGUCCCGGAUGCUAACGUAAGCGCAUUGCUUUUCGAUCUGACUUAA